AUGGACUACCAAGACCAGAAGACGACUAUUCCGGAGAAGCCCAAGCCACCGGAGAAACCCAUUCGGAAGCGAAUUCAGGGGAGGAGUCAGCCCAAAGCUCAGACCAGGACGCCCAAGCCCACACCCACGGCCAUACUGUGUGAGCUGACGCGGCUGAAGGCGCAGCAGAAGUAUCUGGAAUGCAACCAAGUCAAGCUCAACCCGAAGAACUUCAUGCUGGAAGACGAGGAGGACCCUGAACCCGACUUGGAUGGCACGGCUCCAGAACGACCUUCGAGCUCCUCCACGGCGGCUCUGGUCAGCCAGAUAAACGCCAUCGAAGCGGAGAAGCUGGAUCUGAGCGAGAAGCUGAAGAAGUACAAGGCAGUCAAGAGGGACGAGCUACAGGACAUGUGGCACUUUGUGGCCACCAUUAGGGAGGACGUGUUCCAGCCGGAGCGGCUCAGCCAGUACACCAUAAACGCGCUGCGGGAGAAGAUCAUAGCCGUCAGCGGUCAGCUGGAGCGCCUGGGGGAGAAGAACGCCAAUGAACUGGAGGCUCUCAGGAAGGAGUACGAGGUGCUGGAGCGGGAGAACAAGUUCCUGUGGAAGGGGAGCAUGUAAAGAAGGGGUUUCUACAAGUUAUAGUUCUUAGAUCCUAAAAUAAAGCUUGGGGAAGGCCCAAAAUACAUCCAUAA